UACAGUACAUACAGGAGACACUGUUCUGCCUCAGAGUUGGACACCUUCUCUCCUACUCCAUGUCAAAUUCCAACACAACCGACUUCACCAACCCCUCCACCUUCAUCCUGCUGGGCAUUCCUGGCCUGGAGGUGGCCCACUUCUGGAUCUCCAUCCCCUUCUGCACCAUGUACAUUAUAGCCAUCUUGGGGAACUUCACCAUCCUGUUCAUAAGCCUCCAUGGACCCAUGUACUAUUUCCUCUGCAUGCUGGCUGUCACCGACCUGGUUGUUUAUAUGUCCAUCCUGCCCAAAAUACUGGCAAUCUUCUGUUUCAAUUACAGGGAGAUCAGUUUCAGUGCCUGCCUCACUCAGAUGUACUUCAUUCACUGCUUCUCGGUGAUGGAGUCUGGGAUCUUCGUGGCCAUGGCUUUGGAUCGCUACGUGGCCAUCUGUGAGCCCCUGAGACAUUCCAUGACCCUGACGAACUCCCUAGUGGCCAAGAUUGGCCUGGCUGUAGUCCUGCGUGGUUGCAUAGUUGUAUUUCCCUCCCUUACUGUCAAGACAAUGGCCUUAUUGCAGAACCAUCGCCACCCCCAGCUGUACUGCGCUCACAUAGCUGUGGUGAACCUGGCCUGCGCCGACACCCGUGUAAGUAGUUACUACGGCCUCUUUGUGCAAUUCUGUGUGAUUGGGGUGGAUGGGACUUUUAUCGCGGUGUCCCAUAUCCAGAUCCUCAGGGCCAUCUUCAGCCUCCCCACAAAGGACGCGCGGCUCAAGACUUUUGAAACCUGCAGCUCCCACCUCUUUGUCAUUUUAGCCUUUUACAUCCCAGGUCGCAUCAUCUCCCUCAUGAACAGAUUUGCCCAAAAUGUGCCCCAGCAUUUCCAUGUUCUUAUUGUCAAUGUGUACCUCUUGCUGCCUCCCAUGCUAAACCCCAUCUUCUACGGGGUGAGGACCAAACAGAUCCGGGGCAGGCUCCUCCAGCUCUUUACUCAUAAAGGGGCCUAAAGUUUUCUCCUGGUGCUCCGACUUUCAGACCGAACUCUGUGCAGAGUUGGCUGGUGACAUGGUGCUGGGCCCCCUUCCCGCAAUCACUUACUGGACAG